UUCUAGUAUCCACCACAUUUGGUGCUCUCCAGAACAUCAGCCAGGCGAUCCCAACUCCCCACUGUGGUGCUCCAACAAUAGCAGUAACCUCCCAGUAAAUAGCUUAAACUCAAGAUCCCGAGCGAGACUUGAUCUGCUGACCUUAGCAAUGCCAGGCCAGCACGUUACCACUGUACAAGCCAAAGGCUAUUUUCUAUCUUACUUGCAUUGUGUCUGAACUUGAAUUGUUGAGAGAAAGGAAUGAAAACUAUUUUUAAAACAAAUUGUCUAUUUUUUGUAGUUUGAUUGAUAAUUGAGGAGCAUUGAUAAGGGCAGAAAUGUGAUGAUGAAAUUGAAUUAGGUCCUUAAACUAAAUUAAGAACCUCUACAUUCACUUCUAGUAUGAUACAUAUAAUUUCUUUAAUUUGAUGUGAUUUUUCUAAUCUGUCUUAGUAAGAUCUUUCAAACUAAAUAUUGCAUUAGAUGUAAUUUGCAGAGGAGAUGCAUUAUUAAAACAAUGACAAUAAAACUUUUAGAGGUCAUGUCAGUGUUAUUCUUAUUCCAGCACUUGAAGUUGAUUUUUAUGCAUGUAUGAUGACUUUAUUUUUGAGGGGUUAUGUAUAUAUUUAUUGCUCUGAAUAUUUAAGAGUACAGGCAUUAUGUGAUUAUCAGAUAUUCAUUAUACUGUUUAGGAAAGCAAGUGUACCUGUGUCAUGGAACAGCCUGAAACUUCAGAGCUUGAGACGCUCCACCCUAGCCACCACUACCUCUCUCUACAACCAGCGUGCAAAAGGCUGAAAGAUGAUCUUAGUCACCAAGAAAUGAUGAAGACAAAGAAGAAUGUAUUUGAAUGUCCCAUCUGUAAAGUGCAAAUGUCUACAAGACAAGCACUCUGGAAACAUAAGAAAAGAAAACAUCCUGAAGCAACUAAAGAAGAAAGCAAAAACAAAAAUUCUCUUCAGUGUAUGGACUGUGAAUUCAGAUGUCCUCGAGUAGUGGAUUUAAUAAAACAUUAUGAAAAUCAUCAUGAUAGGAAACUCUCUCUUCAGACUCAAGAUUUUGCAACAGAAGGAGAGUUUUUAAACUGGAAGGAGGAAGAAGAAAGACGAACUAAAGCCUCCUUUGUACAGCACUGUGGGCCCCGCCAGAGAGAGAGUGCAGUUGUGCAAUACUUUUACUGUAAUAGGUCUGGGUUUUUUGUAACAAAAGGAGAGGGAAAAAGGAAUUUAAAAAGACAAGGUUCCUCUAAGAUUGGUGCCACAUGUCCUGCUUUCAUUAAAUUUACUCUGGACAGAAGUACCAGCCGGGGCACUGCUGAGUAUUGUCUCGAUCACACCCAUCCUUGUGAUUAUGCUCACCUGAGGCUGUCUGAUGGAAUACAGAGACGUGUUGCAACUCAUCUUGCAAAGGGAGUCAAGAUUGAGGCAAUAUUGGAUGAUGUGCGAUGCAGUGUUCAGGCUUCAGAUCGUGAUGCAUACAUAGUUCGAAAAGAUGUUCAUAACAUUAAGCAUAGGAUUAGUCGUUUAAGUGUUGAUGUGAAAGAAAGACAGCCAGAGAAUGUGACUUGUAUAAGUUUACUGGUACAUGAAAUGAGUUCACAAAAGCUCAGCCCAAUUUUGUACUAUAAAGGGAAAGGAGUUGAAUCAGACGUGCAUGAUGCAGAUGAUAUAUUAAUCGGGAUUCAGACAGAUUUCCAAAAGGAUAUGUUUUUAAAGUAUGGGAAAAAUUGUGUUUGUAUUGAAAGUUUACAUGAAACAAAUCAGUUUGAAUAUUUUCUUAUUAUAGUAAUGGUUAUAGAUGGCAUGGGAGAGAUUUUACCUGUUGCUUGGUUAAUUUCUAACAAAGAAGAUUCAUGUGCAUUAACAACAUUUUUUCAAGCUCUAAAAGACAGAAUAGGUAACUUUGAAACGGAUACACUCAUGAGUGACUCUGCCAGUGUUUUUUAUAAUGCGUGGGUGUCAGUCUUCCCUACUCCUAAAAAGAGAUCCCACUGCAGUUGGCAAGUUGAUAAAUGUGGGCAUAAAAAAUUACAGACGCAUAUACCAACCAGUAAGUUCAGUGAAGAGGAAAGUCAACAUCUCAAGAUGUAUAAUUAUGGACUGAAUGAACAAAAAUUUCGCAAAAUGGUCCAGGAACUUGAGUCUUGGUUGUCAAAUGUUAAAACUCUGCUCACAUUUCUCCAUGGAAAUAUUUGUUAGGAAUUUGUUGUUUAGUAAGUACUAAAAGUGAACAUUUCAUUCCUUCUGCUGUAUGUAUUUGUUUGAGACUCAAAAGAUUUAUUUCAGGGGCUCCCUACUUACUAUGUAUACUGUGUGUGUAAAUUUUGUAAGUAGUAUUUCUGUUAUUUUUUUAGUACACAGUAUAUUUGGAUAUGGGAAAAUUGUAUUAGUUUCUGAAGACUGAUUUAUUAAGAAUGUAAUGAUAAAAUACAGGCCGCCGUGGUACAGUGGAACCAUGCGUGCUUUGGGGUCCGAGGGGUCUCCAAGCGCACGGGUUCGAAUCCUGUCCACGGUCCGAGUGUAGGCUGGGCUUCCUCACUCGGGGCAACGGUUUCC